AUGGGCAACAAGCCAAGUGGACCAACGUUAGACGAGGGCGAACUUUCGGUUGUUUGCUCGGAUACAGGCUGUAAGUUUAAAAUUACAUUAUCCUUGAGGACCUAUAGGUGGGUUAAUAAAAAAUUUAGGCGGCUGAAAAGAUUCCGUAUUUUACUUGUUAAAAUUGUACUUUUUAGAAAGCUGAGAAUCUCCGCUGUCUUUUGGAUAUCAUUUAAAACUAUUUCAUUCCGAUUUUCCUGUCCAAAAUAACAAAAAUAGACUUUAAGCUUGAAGAACUAAAAUAUUAUUCUUAAUGUAAACUGGACUAGUCAAUCUCGACGUAUUUUACCUAAAACCAUGCCAAAACUUACUUUUUCAGUUACUCGGAACCAAGUUCUACGUCUUCACAAACGAUUCGCCGAAUUGGAUUUGGAAAACAAAGGAUACUUGACCAAGAAUGACAUGUUACACAUCACCAAAUUGAAUGUAAAUCCGCUUGGAGAUCGAAUUGUGGACGCUUUCUUCACGGAAUCGUAAGUUUUAUUGUUUUUACAGAGUAAACAGUUGGGAUUUUGUGUAAAAAGCCGAAUAUUUUGUUUUUUUUUGUUUUACAGAAAAGGCGGGCCGCGCCCGCGGCGCGCAGGCUGCAGAAAACAUAUUUGUUGUGGAUGAGUAUAAUUGAAUGUAAAUUGAUUUAAAAUAGGUUUGAUAUUAUGAAAAUGGGUUUUUUGAGUAAAAUACGGUAUAUGAGAUUCGGUUUAUACAAAUUGUCUAAUUUUUGCAGGUACCAACCUACUAUAAUAUAACUUUUCAUCAAACAAACCAAAAAGCAUGUUAAAAUUUGUAUAAAAUAUCGUAUUACAGACAAGACUACGCAGAGCUUGACAAACGAGACUAUGAGAAUCAAGCACCAUGCGAAAAGAUUACCUUUAAUCAGUUCGCCAAAGUUUUGGCCAGGUUCAGGCCAACGAACAGCAAGGAGAACAGUGAGAUCAAUAACAGGAUUCAGAAGCUGAGAUGUAAGUGUAAAAUACGUGGUUUUUUUGUGCGAACCGGGUUUUUUAAAGGAAUUUAACAUUUAAAAAAUUUUUCAAAAAAGUGUACCAGUAGUACCACUUUGCAAAAAAGCAGUACCAUUCUGAUCAAGAACAAUGCUUGUGGUACCAUCGUUCUGAAAAUACAUAAUUAGUACUGUAAAUCCGUUAGAGUCCCUAAUAGUAUCAUUUUUAAUAACAAAUGUGCAAAAACUGUACUAAUAGUACCAUUUAUAGUCGCAUUCUCAAUGUACGACCUGGAGAAGAACAACUACAUCACCCGAAGCGAAUUCCGUCAAUUGUUGAUGAAAAUGGUCGGCGGAAACGUGAGCGACGAACAGCUGGACAGUAUCGUAGAUAGAACCAUUGGCGAAGCGGACCAAGUACAAGAUGGCCAAAUUUCAUUCGAAGAGUUUUGUAAAGCAAUGCAGAAAACCGAUGUCGAGCAGAAAAUGUCUAUUCGGUUUUUGAGCUAG